AUGAGAUUCCUUCACGUCCUAGCUUUACUACUCGGAACAGCUCUAGCGCAAGACCCUGGCAGCGGCAGCGGCAGUAGCAACCCUAACACUGCCGCCGUCGCCGGUCCCGCCACCAGCCCGAGCUUGAUCGACCCCUUGCUCAACAACGUCGUCGUUGUCGGUGGGAAUGCCAUUGGCGCCGUCGUCGGGGACGAUGGGAACAACGGCGACGACGACGACGACGACGACGACACCAUUGAGCUCAUAAGCGAUGACGAUGACGACGAUGACGACGACGAUGACGAUGAAGAAGGCGACGAAGUUACCCCCACUAGUGGAAACUAG